UGCCCUUUAAUAAAAUUUUCCCUCUUAUAUAUAAAGUCUCCUUGACAAGAAAAAUCUCGCUCACUCAUCUCUUUUCUCAAUUCUUGUCUGUGUUCUUGGGAGGGUCAGUGGGUGGUGAGAGAGCAUGACUGGGGCCGAAGAGGGAUAUUGUGUUUCUCUUGAUCUUCUCAAGAAGAAAAUGGCAGAGUUUGCCAAGGAAAGGGACUGGGAUCAGUUUCACAGCCCAAGGAACCUGCUUUUGGCUCUGGUGGGUGAAGUUGGGGAAUUAUCAGAGAUAUUCCAGUGGAAAGGAGAGGUACCAAAAGGACUACCAGAUUGGAAAGAAGAAGAGAAAGUUCACUUGGGUGAGGAGUUAUCAGAUGUGCUGCUUUACCUUGUCAGGCUCUCUGAUAUCUGUGGUAUUGAUUUGGGGAAAGCUGCUCUCCGUAAAGUUGAACUUAAUGCCCUCAAAUACCCAGUUGGCAUCUGCAAAAGCUCUUCAAAGAAAUACAAUGCCAUUGAAGAGGGGGGAGAGGGAGAUGAAGACUAAUCUAAUCUCUCAUGUAUGGGUCUGGUAAUGUGCAUACAGAACAUAUGAAUGGGCGUUUUAGUAAAAGACUUUAGAUAGAAGAAUGAAUCAAGUAGGAUGAUGGGUUUUCCUAGUAUGGAUUUGGCAUUUAUUGUCAAGGAUUAGACGUUUUGUAUAUUUUUUUGUUGGGUAUUGUGUCAGCUGAAUCGAAUCCCUCUGACAAGUAUGGGGAUAUGGCACUGUUGAUUUAUAUAUCAUAACUAUUUUGCUUUCCUCCGUAUCAUAUUCCAGUUAUCUACUUAUCUUCCCUUUUA